CACACACACACACCUCCAACACACUGCAACAGUUCAGUAAAUAUAUAAAGAAGAGGAGAAGAAGAUGCCGUUCUGUAAACGCCUCAUUGUGCCCAAGGACGUGUGUAAAAGCGCGCUGAGGAGCGGCGGAGCUUCCUUCACUGAGCUGGCGGACGUGUGCGGCUUCAGCCUGAGCUCCAUCCUCAGGCAGCUCUCUGAUCUGUGCAGGCAGUCGGUCAGCAUCCUGGAGGAACUCGAAGGAGAAAUCGCCAACAUUUGCCAUCGCUCAGGGACGCUGGAGAGCAAAGUUAUCAGCCUGCAAAGACACGUCUCGGCGCUGACAUCCAGCAAACCGCCGCUGAGAACCACCACCAACUUGGACUCGGAGAGCAAGCGAACGGCCCACUUCCAAUCGUCAUGGCAACAGCAUGUGAAUGUGUUUGGCUCGUGGAGUAGGCCGGAGUGUGUGCAGGAACUGCACCAAGAGGCUCAGCUCAACCUCCAGAGCCUGCUGCAAGACUUUGAGGAGCAGCUGUAUGAUAACAGAGUAACUGGGCAGACAUUCCGGCACCCUUCCUCUCAGAGCUCAGAGGACACCUCCACUACACUCAGCCACUCGCCUUCCUCACUCAACAACAAGAAACCAGAGUUUGUCUUCCUGCCUGCAAAUAAACAGGUGUGUGAAGAUGAGACAACAUCAUUAGGGAUCCGGGCUCAGGAUCCGGCUGCUCGUGGCAUAGACCGCUCCCUCCUGGGCUGGAAUUCUUCAGUGGGGCCUCCAGUGGCUGAAAAACCUCGCUGGCACCUGAGUCGGCACUCCUCUGCACACCUGGUCCCUAUCGAUGUCACAGGCCAGAGCUUUGAUAAGCACGCCAGCGAACUCCAGGCCCCCUUUAAAACUGAAAAAGCGGUUAACCCAAAGACCAUCCGCCGCCCAAGGAGUGUGAUCGCAGGCCCUGAUGUCACGCUGCACUGCCAAGGUGAUGGCAAGAUUCUUGCUGUUGAUCUGAUACAAGGUGCCUGUUCUCCUGACUCUUCCCAGCCAAGAUCUCUGGAACUCACCACAGAGAACAAAGGCGAGCAGUACAUACCCUUACGGAAAACUCAGAGUGACCUAGAGCACAGUGUCCCCCCAUCCCCCAAAGCCCCCAGAGGCAUGAUGGACCAUGCCACUCUUAUGUGCCCCAGCCCUUCCUGGAAUGGCCCAAAGGGUUCCACCUUCUCCCCCUCAUGGAAUGACUCCUACAAUUAUACCCUAACACCAAACCCUGUUGCCAAGCAGCCUUUGUCCAAACCUGGAGCAUUAGACUCUGGUGGAAGUGGCCGCAUGUGCCCUUCCCAAACCAGCUCUGGCAUAUCCAUGAGCUCUGUAUCACACUCUAGCUCCUUCACUUACAUCUCAGAACCUUCUGGGCACAGGACAUAUGCAGUCACGCAUGGAAAUGCAAUUAAAAAUAAAAGAAAUGAGACUGAGGUUGCAGCGUCUAGUCCAGCUUCCGGUAAUGGCCUCAACAAGUGUGAGCAAGAGAAGACAUCAACACGAGCUAAUGCUUUCAAGUUCCGUGAACGCUCCCUUUCAACACCAACAGAUUCUGUCUCUCUCUGCUCAACAGACAACAUCUGCUGUCCAGGGGAGACAGUACCUAUAGUCAGAGAAGGUGAGAGCUAUGCCUUGCUGUACCCUAGCAACAGCUCUGAGGACAACACCAGCACUGACAAUGUGUCUGUCACAACAGGGUCUGACUUAUUCCCAGUGAGUAGACUGAGGUCACGAUCGCGAAGCAUCUCACUGAAAAAGCCCAAAAAGAAGCCACCACCUCCAGUACGCAGUGUGUCCCUAGUAAAGAACUUAUCAGCAAUUGAUGGAAUGGGCACACACCAUGGUGAAACACAUAUCAGAGAUGGUAGGCCUAAGAGCCUUUUCAUACCACGAGAUCAUAAUUUCCAGGAUUCAUUCCGACCCGAGUUUCUUAUGGCAUCUAAACCAGAUGAGGAGACACACAGCAGUUUGGAGACAGCCUCUGAUACAUCUCAGCCCCCUGACAGAGAAGCUGACCUAGCCUUCCCCCCUCAUUGGCAGCUCAGUGAGUGGAAAUCCAACAAUGACCCUUAUCGUUCAUUAUCAGGCUCCAGCACUGCUACAGGUACAACAGUUAUUGAAUGCAUUAAAGUACGUGGAAGCUCAGAAUCCCUGCAUUCACCAUCAACCUCUCGUGCUACUUCCCCUUCCCCACUUUCCAAUGAAGCAGAGACUAAGGUCUCUCCCUUCAAGCCUCCAUGUCUUAUGUCUCCCUCAAGUGGAUAUUCUAGUCAGUCUGAGACUCCCACCCCAACUAUUACAAAUUCUGCCAUCACUGGACUCACCCCAACAGGGUGCAAGAUGCGCCCAAAGAUCCCAGAGAGGAAGUCCUCACUUCCAGCCACCUCACCAAAAGACAAAUCUCAGUCUCGCCUCUCUUUUGAGUUACCUGUGAAUUCCCCAUUAGACCUGUCAUCUGUCAAACCCAAACCUAAAGCUAGCCGGAGGCACUCAGACACAUCUACCACCAGCAAACCAGGAAAACUGAAUCAGUCAUCACAGCCCGUGGUCACCACAACAGAUCUGCGGAACAUCAGACUACGUUCAGUAAGCCGCUCAGAACUUGAAGACAGUCCUGAUGGUUCCUCUGACAUCAUAGAGGAGGAGCAGGGACGUGAUGGUAGCCCUCCUACCACCCCAUGUAGUUCUAAGCCACCCAAACCACCAGUUGCAGUAAAGCCACCACUUCCCAAGCGACCCAUGAACCUGAUGCUCAAGUCUCCCUCAUCAUCACCCCAUGCUCAGGAAUCUCCACCAGCCUCCCCAAUAGACCGGCCAAUGCCUGUAGCCAACAUCUACAUGGUGGUCAGGAAGCCUAAACCUAAGAGGCCAUCCCAGUCAUCACUUAGUCCAUCUGUACCUCAAGAGCAGGUGCCAAGACAUCCACCCCCUCUACCUGAGCUUGACCUAGAACAUGGGAUACCAAUUGAGGAAGAUUUUGCCUUUCCUAGCAGUCCAGAGAAAGAGGACAUAGUCAAGACCUUUCGUAGUCAAAGUCCCAUUACCUGUGUAGCUGACUUGGACAAGAAAAAACCCAAGGUACCACCACCAGUACCCAAAAAGCCAAAUGUUCUUCUCUUACCUUCCCCUACUGUCCAGGCACCAAGCAAUGGCACUACAGAAAAGCAAAGCCUCCUACUUGAAAGUGGUUCUCAGUCACCUCUAGGACCACCACCAUCUGAAGCUGAGGAGGUUUCUUAUAAUGAAGAUGACCAAGAAUUACCUAUUAAUCAAGAGAUUCCAGGAAGUUGCGAGAGCAGUGCACAACAUAAAAAUCGAGGACACCUAGAGGUUCUUAGAAAUGAAGGAAACCAUGAUACGCCAGUGGAUGUCAACCCUAAGGAUAUUGGAUCUGUUCAAGAUGUUGAUAUAAAGGCAUUCCCAACAGAAACAGUGACAGAAACUCCACUGGAGGAAAACAGCUCUGUCAAAGACAAGACAGAACUACACAUCACUGAAGAAACAGACGAUGGUGUGCUUGUCCACACACCUACCACUCAUACAACUGAAGACCUUUUCACCAUCAUACACAGAUCUAAGCGGAAAGUCCUCGGCCGUAAGGAGCCAGCAUUUGGCAGUCGUCAGAGCCUUGUGUCACCUGUGAAAAGCAGCAGCAGUGACAUUCGAACACUAACGCUGGGCAGCACUCCAAGGUCAAACUCUCGAAACGAGAACUUCAUGGCUCUUCUCCAGAAGAAGGGCAACAAGUCAAGCAGUGGAACGCGCGUCUCUGCCAUGGAACUGCUGAAGAGCACAAACCCUUUGGCUCGCCGUGUCACUGAGUUUUCUCAGUCAGAUCUGGAUGCUGCUGGAACUGAUCCAUCUAAAAUGGCUCUACCAGACCAGUGAUUCAGCUUGUAGAGAACCAAAUGCAAUGGCUGAUUUUUAGUUGGUGCUCCACUGCACAUCUAAAUGGUUUUACUUCCCAGGAUCUUGCACUGUUUGAAGUGAGGUGCUUUUGAGUUGUUUUGAAUUCUCCUGGGUCUCACCUUUUUUUCCAUGUUGCUGUGGAGUGCUGUCCAUAUCAAAGGAAUGGAACCCAGGUUUGCUGUGAGGGUCUGAAAUAGUGGGUUAGCAUUGUAUUUUACCACUGAGAAUGUGUUACAUUAACUCCUCUGUGGAAAUAUACAAACGGUACAAAGACACACCAGCCUUUGUAUGUAGUCAAAUUUGCCAAUGCCCAUCCUCAAAAUGCAGAAUUAUUGCAAGUCUAGGCAAGACAAGAUUUCUUUAGUGAUUUAGGAUGGAGUUCACACAACAAACACGAGUGUCCUUGUGAGAAACAUUCCAUAUAGAAAAUGUAAAACAAAUUCCCUUAAAAAGCACUUUUUUUUAUUAUUACAAAAGUAGUUUACAGGUAAACUAUUUGUCAUUUGUUUGUUUAUUUCCAAAACAAAAGCUAUAAAAGGCUCUGUUUAGCCUUCUGGGUUUUAUUUAACCCAGAAUAAAAUGCUAAAUAUACAAUAUUUAAGUGUACGUUUAGAAUUUUUGUGACUUUCCUUAAAACUGCCUAUUUUUGGUGUGUUUACAACUAACAGGGACUAAAGUCACAAAAUGGACAACCUUCAUGCAAUAUUCUUCAUCUGAAUCUAAAUGAUAGAUCUUCCCUCACUGCCAGUAGUGGUACACAGUGGGUAGUAAUGCUGUGUAUGUGUAGCAUAUACACACAACGAAAAACCAAAACCACCACAGAACAGAUUAUGACAACAGUACCAAAUUAAAGAAACAUAUGAGCUGGAAACAAAACAAAACGAAAUGAUCAAUGACUAUAGACAGAACGUUUCAAAUCCUCCGAACAGGGUAUUUGAUUCUGGUUGUAUAGUAUGAAGACCCUGUCAGGGGUUUCUUGUUCUGGCCACCGAAUAAAGAGUCUGCACUGUUUAACACAAAUGAAACCAAGGAAGGAAAUUGCCAAGGACUAUAAAUGAAUGGUAAAGAAGAACUUCUUACUGUCUCCUCUGUAUCUUUUUGACCAGACUUUGGGAGAUGUGGUGCUGCAGACUGCUGUAAUCACCACAUACCCAAAUUUAAAGCUGCAGCUAAUGCUGAACAUUUAUCUAUGUCCUCAUUGUAUUUGUCACUCAGUAUAUGAUCAUUCAUACUAUGCAUCAAGGCUGGAUGUACUGCUUCUGUGCCAGUAAAGGCAGAUUAGCGGUGAAUGCCUAUGAAUGUCAAGAAGAGGGAACAAAGCUCAACCGUUUAGUUUUCUGGGUUCUUUUUUUUUUUGUCACUGCCCAUGUCACUGCAGAACAGAAAAUUUAUUUCUAUGAUAUAAUGCGUAGACAGAGACUAUCACAAGAAACUGAGACCUGUGUAGGUCACAACAUCUGGUUUGUCUAUUAGAUGUUUGGAGACAAAAAGAGCAAAUUAUUUGGUGAGCAAACCAUUUCCCACAAAGACUACUUGUUCCUUCCCAUUUCUUUAAAAUAUUUUUCUCACACAUGUGACUGUGCUUCUCUGGUUCAAAAUCAGAAUCAAGAAACCUGGUGCUAUUGAACCAGAGCGCCCUCUGCAGUCCAGGAGGGGAAGCACACAUGGUGAAAAAUCUGUUCUAACUCUCCUGAGAACACUGAGGAUGAAGAUUAAAUAAUGAAGAUUUUUAUUAUAUCAGUCCUUCAGGUAUUCUGAUAGCAUCUAAAUAUAACAGAGAAUAUGAAGUAUUACAUUAAAAUAGUGAGUGAAGCUUGUUUUCAGUAUUUAGUGAAUGGAGAAAAAAAAGACAACCAGUGUUUGUUUGCCUUGUAUUCUGGCGUCAAGCCUGUGUUUUUAAAUGCCUUGGUAAUGCACUUAUGUAGAAAUAUCCAGAGUUUCUUUUAGUCUUUUUAUGAAUACUACUCUAACGGUCAUCAUUACUCUUGUGUACUCUGUGCUGCAUCCAUUCUUAGUCAGUAAUAGUAUCAAAAUUUCCAGAGGAAAGUGGAGAGGGAGAGAAAAUACCUAGAUAUACAAAGAGUGAAGUAUAUAUUUAAAAACAAAACAGGCUGUUAGAAGCCAUGUGUUGAGUCACUGAGGGUUUUCACAUAAAUCUAAAGACAAAUUAGACUGUACUUUGUCUACGGGGACUACAGGGUGAAGCCAUGGCCUAAUGGUUAGAGAAGCAGCUUUGGGACCAAAAGGUUGCUGGUUUGAUUCCCUAGAUCAGCAGGAAUGGCUGAAGUGCCCUUGAGCAAGGUACCUAACCCCAACCGCUGCUCUGGGUAAUGUUGUAUGUUGCUCUGGAUAAGAGUGUCUGCUAAAUACCUUUAAUGAAUUGUACUUUCUGCCUCACAGACUAGAAUGAUACAGUGCCCUAUAGUAUAGUAGAUUUCUUUAUGUGAAAACAUGUUCUUGCUUCUGUAUUCUUCCUCCUUCCUCCCUCCAUCUUGGCCUCUUUCCCGUUCGCCUAAUGACACCCACAGGAGCUCACGUUUGUACACAGAGGAGAGAUGAAUCUCAAAAACGCCUCAACAAAGUGCGAGCACAGAAAACAUCGAGAAAUUUAGACCCUACAGGGUCUAGUUUCCUAAAAGCAUUGUGCUUAGGAUCAGCAACUAUUAGACAAAGUGAUACCCGUGCCCUUGUGAUCUAUUUUAAAAACAUUGUUGGCAAUCAGUUGAAGUCAAAGCUCCAUCCCCUUCUAUGCCUGGAAAGUUCUGCACGACAAAUGAUUUUCAGCAAAUGCCAAAUUCAAAAACAUACACUGUAUAUAACAUAUAAUUCUAAGAUACGACUUUGUCAAAUUUUAUCACAGAGAUGACUAUAACAGAGGAUUAUAAAGGCUGUUAAAGAUCAGCUUAGAGUUUGCUGACUCUCUGAAGAAAAAGCUUUAAUUGCCCCUUGUCUCUCGGGACAAACAAAGUUGGGUGGGAAAGAAAGUACUGGGAAUUAUAUUUUUGUUAUUUUAUCAUUGGAAAGACGUAUAUAAAAAUUCUAAAUAUUAUGAGCCUCCCUCUCCAGCAGUACGGAUAUGUAGCUGUGAGCUCUUCAAGCAGCUAUGUCUUGCCUAUGUGCUAAAAAAAUUACAUAAAUAAAUUAUUUUUGUUGCUUA